AUGAACAGCAACAACAACUGCUUUUCAACAAACGGUGGUCGGUUGUACUACAAAAGUUCCUCCUAUCCAUCCAUCCCUCUCCAACACGCCUACUUCUACCACCAGUACCCCACCUCCAUGCACCAUUCACCCUUCCACUCACCUCAGCAACAACAUUUCCAACAACAACAAAUUCAACUGAGACAGCAAUUUCAACUUCAGCAGCAACAGCAGCAACAACAAAUUAUCAUUCAGGAACCAAUCUUUCCCAAAUUCCCUCCGCAGAAUUUCGACAUUCCCGACAUUAAUUUCUCAAACAGUGUCUUUGGUGACAACAUGUCCAUCACCGCCAACAACAACAGCAACUUAACAAACCACAACAGCUCGCCAUCUUCAUCACCAUCGCCCACAACCACCAACCACCACAACAACAAACUUUCCUCCCCACACCUGCUGUCAUCAUACGCCUGCCUCCCCCCAAUUCACCAAGACCCUCGCCUUCAACACUCACCCACCGAUCCUUCCUACUCUGCCCAACUUCGACCCUACCCAUCCAACUUCUGGCUCCCUCAGGUCGUGCCCCCCACGUCCACUGCCUCCUCGCCGGUCAGCCAAAAUGAUGACAAUUCUACAAACUUUGAAGCCAACGGAGGAGGUGGAGGUGGAGGUGGAAUGGUGGCUGGUGCGGGGGGUGCUGCUUUCCCGGGAUCGAAAACCGCUCAACAGUCUACUUUUUAUAUGUCACUUGAGGGGAGGUGUGAGUGUUCUAUGCAACUUUUUGCAUCAAGUAGGUCGGAGUGUUUGCCUGCAUGUAGGGGGGAGGGAGAGGGGGCACUGGAGGUCGAACCUUCCAUCAGCCAGCACAAAUUGAAUAACAAAAAAAUGAUAAGGAUCACCAGCAUCAUCAUUACCAGCAUCGCCAUCAUCACCACCAUCAUUGCACGAAAUCCCGCAAACUAG